AUGGCGCAGCUUUGGCUCUGCUUCAUCCCGAAGACCAGCCGAGAGCCCGUGUGUGUGCCUCCUGCCCGCACCGUUUUCACAGGGAAGCACAGAAACUCCUUUGGGAAAGGGCAGGUAUUGGGCCACGUGCACCCAGAGUGUGACUUCAUCACCCAGCUGAGAAAGGAUGAGAGGUUGUGUCUACAAGCAGCAGAAGGGGUGCCCAACACCACUCUGGGCUGCCCUAGGACCUGGGAUGGACUGCUGUGCUGGCCGAUGGUAGGCUCUGGCGAGUGGGUGACUCUCCCCUGCCCAGAUUUCUUCUCUCACUUCAGCUCAGAGCCAGGGGCUGUGAAGCGGGAUUGCACUAUCACUGGCUGGUCUGAGCCCUUCCCACCUUACCCUGUGGCCUGCCCUGUGCCCCUAGAGCUGCUGACUGAGGAGAAAUCCUACUUCUCCACAGUGAAGAUCAUCUAUACCCUGGGCCAUAGCAUCUCGGCCGUGACCCUCUUCGUGGCCAUCGCCAUCCUUCUGGCUCUCAGGAGGCUCCACUGUCCCCGGAACUACAUUCACACCCAGCUGUUUGCCACUUUUAUCCUCAAGGCGGGAGCCGUGUUCCUGAAGGACGCCACCCUGUUCCACAGCGAGAACGCGGAUCACUGCAGCUUCUCCACUGUUCUGUGCAAGGUCUCCGUGGCCACCGCCCAUUUUGCCACCAUGACCAACUUCAGCUGGCUGUUGGUGGAAGCUGUGUACCUGACCUGCCUCCUAGCCUCCAAGUCGCCCAGCACAAGGAGGGCCUUCUGGUGGCUGGUUCUUGCUGGCUGGGGCCUCCCCCUGCUCUUCACUGGCAUGUGGGUGUGUUGCAAGGUGGCCUUUGAGGAUGUUGCGUGCUGGGACCUGGAUGACAGUUCCCCUUACUGGUGGAUCAUCAAGGGGCCCAUCGUCCUCUCUGUUGGGGUGAACUUUGGGCUUUUCCUCAAUAUUAUCCGCAUCCUGCUGAGGAAACUGGAGCCAGCUCAGGGCAGCCUCCACCCCCAGUCUCAGUACCGGCGUCUCUCUAAGUCAACGCUUCUCCUCAUCCCGCUGUUUGGAAUUCACUAUGUCAUCUUCAACUUUCUGCCCGACAGUGCCGGCCUGGGCAUCCGCCUCCCCCUGGAAUUAGGACUGGGCUCUUUCCAGGGCUUCAUCGUUGCCAUCCUGUAUUGCUUCCUCAACCAAGAGGUGAGGACUGAGAUCUCACGGAGAUGGCAUAGCCAUGAUGCUGAGCUGCUGCCAGCCCGGAGGGCCUUCACCAAGUGGACGAUGCCUUCCCGCUCUGGGGUGAAGGUGUUGACAUCUGUAUGCUAGGCUGGCCACAUCACGUGACUGGGGUCCACACCUGAACUCGGGCAGCUACAAUAGCCGCCCCCCCCACUCUGUAGAAGCAAGAGAGACCAGUGCCCCCAAGAGCCCUUGGGCCAUGUCCCCACCCCAGCUUCUGCCCAGCCCUGAGCAGGGGUAACCCUCUUACCUUGUCCUACACCUGACCCUAGGUCCCUGUGUUUCUACCUCUGACCUCCUUCGUUCCUCCGUCUCCAUUCUCCUCCAAUUCCUUCUGCUAGAGUCUGGGCCAUAACCCAAGGCCAGAGGAGCCAAUAAACUUGUAAAUGGACAGAUACAA